GCUCGGAAUGGUUGUGCGCUUUGUUGGCUCUAGAGCCGUUGAGCGUGACGUUGUUAACGAACAAUAGAACAGUGCAGUGCUGUGUGUGCGUGGAUUUGGAUACCACGAAAGUGCCGGUGUAAAUGCAAAUUGCUCGUGUUUACUAUGGUUGAGUUUGAGGCAGCAUAAUUUUUUUUAUUGUGUACACGUUCGUUACGGUUCGCAGGACACGCGGAUCCUAUCAAAGUGACCACGAAAGAAUGCGUUGAUUUUCGGUUCUGCCAACUUCGAGGAAGUUGUUCUGGUGCGGAGGUCGUUCAAAAUCGAGUAUGUAAUCGAAUGCGGUGUAAUCGUUGUGGUUGACUAGUUUUUUCUUGGAUAAACUUCGAACAAUAGCAAAGUGAUUGUUUUCUUUGUGGUUUCUGUGGAAUGAUCCGUGGAAAACGUCAGGCGGAUCGUGACUUAACAGCAUGUUUCGUUCGUAGCAGGGCGCUGUAGAGCAAAAGAUAAACAACUGCGUCGAAUUGCAGGUGAUAUUUGGAAAACAUUAGCCGGAGUGAUGCAAUUGUUUACGUGUGAUAAAUGUAAUCCUGCGAUCUUACCCUUCAACCGAUUGUGAGUGUGAUUGACGAAGCAUUGCAAGAAGAUUUUAGAAAACCGGAAAUAAGGCCAAAUAAAAGUGUACCGUUUUUUUUUAUUUAUCUCAAGCACAAAAUCUGCGAAGACCCCAAAAGUGUAUUCGUUUAGAGUUUCAGUAGUGUUGUUGGUUCCAUUCAAUUCCAACACCCAGCUACCAACGCCGUCAGGCCUGAGCGAAUUCAAUACGAUAAAAAGCGUUUCAUUUAUAUUUUUCGACUAGAAAUAAAAAGAAUUGUGCAAAACAUAAAUCAGUGUUUGUAGAGUAUACAAGCUGGAAAAUGGCUGCCGUUUCCCGCCUGUUCGUGCCUUGCAAGUUCAGCAAUUUCGAAAACCGUACCACAACACCGGCUUCGGUAACAGUGGCCGCCCCGAUACUGGCUGUUUCAAUCAACAGUUUGUGCGUACACUGAAACAGCUGAGCCGUUGUGGGUGGACCACCCACAUGCACUACUGCAAGUGACAAUAGAAAGCGACUGUGUCUAGUUGGUUGUGCGGUCGCUAAAACAAAACAAAAAAAGUUUUCCCUUGUGAUCGUGCCGAGUGAAACAUUGACAAACGGAAAAUCUGCCACGCUCUGCUCAAAUGUGCUCUGUUCAGUAGAAAAUCGAAGGAAAAUUUGUACCUGAACCAAGGUUGCACCGGUAUUGCUAAAGUUGUCCUUGGUGGUCGCCUAAUUCCGUCCAGUCGCUGAGUACCGCCCCGGUUAAUCUAGCGCGCGUGUGUGUGAAGCAGCUGUGAUUGUUCAGGUGAACGAGUGCUAGCGGUGCUUUUGAAAAAAAAAAUGUUCCAAACCAUUCUGUUUCGUAAGAAAAAAUUGUUCUAAACAGUAAAGUACCAAUGUUGAAUAGUUAUUGAAAAGUGAUUGCAACAGUUAAAAUGUCCAAAACGAUUGAAACGCGGCUGCAGAGUAACGAAGUCCGCAUCCCGAAGAAGACGGGAUUCGAUGUGUCUUCGUCGGCGGCACCGUGUCAGUACUUCAAGAGUUCCUUCGCACGCUCGCUAUCCUUCAGCCAGGGUGGCGGCGGGAGCGGAACAGCUCAAUACGCUGCGGCUGGAGAACAUUUUACCCGAUCGUUGGACUUCGAGGUAAACUUCGGGCUGUCCACUAUUCCGGAUAUGGGUUCUUCGCAAGCCUCGACACCAUCUGCCUCGCCUGUUUACGAUCCGGACCGCGAGGACGACAAAGCAAAACUGGCAAAUGGGAUCGCCAACAGUAACGGUGGGGUCGUCAAGACGCUGUGGAGCUACGCUAAAAUUUCGGACACAAAACCUAACCCCCCCGGUGAAACUUCGCAUAAGGCGGUGGUACCGAACGGUACGGCACCAACGACAUCCGCUUCAUCGCCAUCGAAAAUGCCGUCCGGCUCCGGCUCAUCUUCGUCCACGCGAAAGAGCGUUGAGGCCAACGAAAUCGAAGUUCUACGACUACGAAAGGAAUGUCAAAAUCUCAUCGAAGAGAAUCGCCGCCUGGUGAAUCUGGCCGCCAAUAGCGGAUAUGCUAUCAACGGUGUAAUGAACGGUGGCAGCGGUACGGGAAUCGGUCGGAGCAGUCUCGGUAGCGAACGGAGCAGUGCCAGCAGUGGCGGCAGCAGCAGCCUUACCACCCUAGGACUCGGGCUUGCCGGUGGAGGAGUAGGUGCAGCGAAUGUCGGCACGGGAACUGCCGCAGGGAUGUACUCGAAUGUAGAAACUGUGAUCCUGCAGACACAAGUGGAAACACUACAGUGGCAGCUCAAACAGGUUGAUUCCAGCCGACAGAUGUACCGUGCCGUGAUGGAGGAAGUGGUCCGCUAUCUGGACCGGUGCUACCGUGGGCUGGACGCACUACAGCCGAACAUCAUCGGGCGGUCGAAGAGCGUUCUUCAGGUGUCCAAGAAUCACAGCCAUCACGAUUCCGACAGCAGCAGUGCCAGCAGUCCGAGAGCCCGCAGCAGCACCAAUCUGAUCGAUGUGCAAAAAACCUACACCAAGAAACAGCAAGAAUUACUCAGCAGCCAUCAGCAGCAGCCGCAGCAGCAACUCCAGGGCAAUUCGAUUGUGGUCUCACCGCUGCUGGACGAUGACUGCGUUCCGCCCUCACCCGCCGGUUCCUACAGCACUUUUCGAGAUUUUACUUGGCGUCGUUCGCCAAAACGCAUCCAGACUCUGUCAAUUUCCAAUGGCGAAGUUGACCCGGAGAAGCUGGCCCAGGAAGCGUUCCGUCUGUUGCGAACGGUACAGAACCUACUCAACACCCAGGAACCAACGUUAUCACAAUCAUCAACCGGACUCGAUAGCAUGCUGCUGGCAUCGGCAGCCGGAUCUACUACUGGUAGUACCACGACAUUAACCGGAGCUGGCGGAGGGUUGGCAAGUUCCAGUGCUUCCACUGUUCACCACCAUCACCAUCAUCAUCACGUACCGGCGGCGGUUGACGGUCUGUACGGAGGAGUGGUGAAUACGCGGAGUAAUGUUGGAUUCAGUCGCAAGUUGAACAUGAGAGGAAGUCGGUUAUCAUUGAGAAGCAGUACAGAUGAUUCGGUGCACUCAACGUCCUCAUCGAACAAAGCGGAAACGGAUGAGGAUAAUACGGAUAGACCGUCUCCUCCGUUGAGCCAUCAUUUGCAUCAUCAUCAUCCGCUGGUGCAUCAACAUCAGAACAGCGGAAGUAGCAGUAGUAGUUGCAGCAGUAGUAAUAGCGGCCAUUUGAUAAAUCACCGUCACAGUGCAAACAUCGAUCGAAUCAAAGAGAUGAUGAUCACCAACUCGGCAGAGGAUGAAAGUGGAUUCAGUUCGAUGAACUCGUUUCAAGAGAUCGGACUGCCUCUCAUCAACUCUACGAUGAUGUCUUCUUCUACGGCCUCAUCGACAACGGGCGUUGGUUCGGCCGAUUCCAAUUCAUCUGCUGCUUCCUCGACCGGUUCGGUAUCCAUCGUGUCCGACGAUUCAUCCGAUAUGAAGGAUAAUACCGUGAUACCGACUAGUAACGUGACGACAAUCGCCAUAAAUCCUAUGCCCAAUGGACAAUCCGCUAGCACUAACAGUAGCAGUAAGCUACUCUCCGACAAGCUAGGAAUCCCAUCGCCUUCCAAAGCACCGGAGAUCCCGUCUCGAGUGACCCAAUCUUCGGCAUACGAACACCACAGCCAUUUCAUCAAUCAUCGCCGCUGGGAUUCGGCUCCGGUAGUUCCACCAAAACUCCAGAUCCACCAGCACAACGGAGACUCCGACAGUGGUGUUUCAUCGCGCGUACUGUGGGUAUAGCAAAGAUAGAACAGCGAGCCGAAGGGACGUCUCGGUUGCAAUUCCCUCCUCGCGUAUGCAUUGUUUCGUUCAGUUUGUUCUAGGCUUAGACUGAGCGACAGCAAGAAAUAUUCUAACAGGUGAACGAUUGAAGCGGAUAUCAACGGAAGCAGCAGUAUUGGAUGUUUAUCGUUUUUCUUCCUAGUAACCGUUUUUAAAGGAUAAACCGUCUAUACAUAGUACAUCAGUUAUUGUUAGCAUGCUUUAACAGAAGAAUGAGUGAACAUAAAUAUUGCAUUUAUUUAUGAACUGUCAACAACCUACUAACGGUAGCCUGUCUAUUAUACCUUUGGUUGAAUAUUACUGUACAUUUUUUUAAUCAAAACAACUAGAAGAGAUCGAUUGUACUCGGAUCUUACAUGAACCAUAUUUUAUUACCAAAGUUAGAAAAAGAUAACUGUAAUAACAUGGAUAACAUAGCUUUAGUUCAGACAGAAACCCCGCUUCGAAGAGUAACGCUUCAUGCGACCGACGAAAAAGAAAUCGUUCGUUCUGUGAGUAACGGUUGGAUAAAACGUUUCCACAAGCGAUUUUGAAGCAAACAUCUAAUUGUAGGAGUAAUCGACUAAAACUAACGAGCAUUUAUACUAGCCGUGUACUUAAUACUUUAUUAUUACUAGACAUUUUUAGUGUAAAACUACUACCAGCGUAAGAAAAAACACCAACAGAUUAUGCUAAUCUCUUACAUUUAGACGAGCCUUUCUCCGAAUACUAUGAAUAAUUUUUAACGUGUAUGUGAUAAUUUCAUUUGACAAAUAUGAACUUCGACCUUUCUGAUCUAUCGUCAAUAUAAAAUAAAACGGAAACAGCUCGCAUUGAAUGCCACAUGAAAUCUUAAGUUUCUAUUAAAAACCGAACUGUACAAAUCUAAAAUCGAUCCAUACACGAACAAAUCAAAAUAAAUCAUUUAAACGAAA